GGUGGAAGUUGCGGGUAGUUGCACAUUGAGGUCAGGCAGGUUAUACUGAAAGCUGGCCCCUGUCGGCCGUUUUGCAGCGUGUUCAUUCGAGGACCCACUUUCAGCUGCGAGAGGAUGCCGCGCCUUGGGAUUCGUAACUUCCAAGAAUCUGGGUCCAACGUAACCAUACUUUAACCCUUGGGUGGCCUGCCACUCUCACUCACUCUCACUCCCUUCCCCAAUCUUGCAACAGGCACUGCGACCAUGGCAGCUUACUGACCGACAACUCUUUCAGAGAAUCUACCAUCUUCUCACCCCAAAUACCGCAUCGUUAAAACUCAGCAAUCACAAUACAUAUUUUGGACUGCAACGCACCUCGGCAUCAUGUCCGACCUCUACCUCUCCCGUAUCCGUAACUGGUUCCUCAGUUCGCCGCCAGCAGAAUGGGCCAUCAACCGCCUUAGAGACACUUUGAUAGGAUCAUUGAGCCAAGGACCUAUCCCAGGCCAUGUCGCUUUCGAAAUGGACGGCAACCGAAGAUAUGCCAGAAGUCACAAGAUCGAGACAGUAGAAGGCCAUCACCUCGGCUUCGAGGCUCUGGCCCGGGUUCUGGAGAUUUGCUACAAGUGUGGUGUCAAGGUGGUCACCGUCUAUGCUUUUAGUCUGGAAAACUUCCACCGGCCCAAGUAUGAGGUCGACGGCCUGAUGCAACUGGCCAAGGUGAAGCUCGAGCAACUCAUUCAGCAUGGGGAGCUGUUGGACAGAUACGGUGCUAGUGUCAAGGUAUUGGGGCGUCUUGAUCUGAUCCCCCCAGAUGUUCUCGAAGUGGUGGAAAGAGCGGUCGCUGCUACCAGUCACAACACAACAUGUGUUCUCAACAUUUGCUUCCCCUACACUUCGCGGGAAGAAAUGACAACAGCCAUCAGGACGACUGUAGAAGAAUAUUCAACCACCCCUCGGCCACACAGCACCCCAUUUUCGCAGAGCAGAAUUACGCAAAAGAUCUUGUCCAAACAGGGUGACAAACCAGAGACUCUGGAGUCUAUUGAAGAGACCCCCUCUCAUUCGGACGACCACGACCAGGAUGAUGCCGUGUCGACGGCUACCACCCUUCGUUCCGAUCCAUCUACGCAAAAGUCGGAGGGCUCGGAAAACGUGGCCAUCUAUCCAAACGCGGAGACAAUCACGCCCGAGACCAUCGAUAAGCAUCUCUACACUGCCGGGUGCCCCCCGCUUGACAUAUUCGUGCGAACCAGCGGCGUGGAGAGACUCAGUGACUUCAUGCUUUGGCAGUGCCACCAGGACACGCAUAUUUUCUUCCUCAAGUGCUUCUGGCCUGAAUUUGAUCUCUGGCACUUCCUGCCUGUGCUGGUAGAAUGGCAGCACAGACAAAAGCAAAAGCAACGUGACGAGAAGCCUAGGCGGGUGAAACAGGCUUGA